AUAUAAAUAGAAACAUUAUUUGUACUAAAACUUUCACAUUGUAGUUUUACUCUUUUGAAAAUGAUCGAAUUUGUAAAUAAUACUCUAUUGUUUAACAUUUCUUUAAGAAUAAAACAUUAUCUUAUCGGACCACCUAAACCUUCAUGGGAUUUAAAAUUUCAUCAAAUUUGGGCAAUGAUAAAAUCAAUGUCCGAAAACACAAGUACUAUGACAAUUGAGCAAAUGCAAAGUGUUAGUUUUCAACCUGAUCCUACACCAGCUGGUGUGAUGAUAAAUGAAUUCAAAAUAAAUAAUAAAUAUAAACAUGAAGCUCAAGUUCAUCUUAAUAAAAUUUUGAAACCUUACGAACAUGUCUUAGAUCCUGAAUGGAAAAAUUUGAAAGAUGGUGGAAUUAACGCCGAAUGGGUUCACGUUCCUAAUGACGGAUGGGAAAAAAGAGAAAUUAGGAAAACUAUUUUGUACUUUCACGGUGGAGCUUAUUAUUUGUGUAAUAAAGAUUCUUAUCGUAAUGUUACAGGUUCUUUAUCGAAAUGGACAAAUGCAAGAGUUUUAGCAAUUGAUUAUCAGCUUGCACCUCAAAAUCCAUUCCCUGCCGCAUUACAAGAUGCAUUGGCCGCUUAUUUGUACCUCUUAAAUCCUUCAAAAGAUACGGGAUUCGAACCUUUAAACCCAAAAAAUAUUGUAAUUGCUGGUGAUAGUGCUGGAGGCGGUUUAAGUUUGGCUCUUGGUCUUGCUAUACGUGAUGCCGGUUUGCCAUCAUGCACUGGUAUCAGCUGUUGGAGCCCGUGGGUUGACCUUACACAAAGCACUCCUUCAAUGCAAGAUGACGAAUGUGCUGAUUAUAUUCCAAAAUUCAAUGGAAAUAAUAUUAUUCACGCAGAAUCUCAAGUUUUUAGUGAAUAUAAAGAAAAAACUGCUGCCCUCACAGAAAAUAUUAAGAAACAAAAUCUUGGUCCCAAAAUUUGGCAUGAUUCUUUUGAUAGACCUGAUGGAGCAUUACAAUUCUAUGCACCUAAUGAAGGUCUAGCAAUUCCAUAUGUUAGUCCAAUGUUAGCUGAAAGCUUAGGCAAUUUGCCUCCUUUAUUAUUGGUUGCUGGAGAUGAAGAAAGAAUACGAGAUGAAGUAAUUUAUCUCGCCCAUAGAUCUGCUGAACCAACUAAAUAUAAGGGACCAUCCUAUAAUGCUGGUAAAUUCGAAAAAUCUCCAUUUCAAACUCCGACAAAUACUACACUCGAAGUAUAUGAAGAAAUGCCUCACGUAUUCCAAAUGAUGGAACAUCCUAGCACAACAAAGUCGUAUGAACGUACGUCUGAAUUCAUAAAUAGAGUGAUAAAUUCUCCUAACGAGCCACUUCCUCCUUCCUCUUAUAAUUAUAUAAAUGUUAAGGGAGAAUUUAAUCCUUUAAAAGAACGUCAUAAAAAGGUUCUUAAUUGGGAAGAAAUUGGUAUUGUACCAAGUGUCACACGAAACGAAUUCGAUUCUACCUCACAUACCUCACAUAGAUUGACACCAAAACUUCUCGUAUCCAUCGGUAUUAUCAGUGUUCUCGCUUAUAUUCUUUAUUGAUUUAUUUUUUUAUUUAUUUGUUUAUAUUUUUUUUAUUUGUUUAUUUAUUUUAUUUAUUUUAUUUGUCUAUUCUUUUGUCUAUUCGUUUAUUUUUUUUUGUUAUUUUCUUUAUGUUUUAUUUUUUAUCUUUAUUUUUUUUACUUUGCAAGUUAUUUAAAUUUCAAUAAACGUAGUGAAAAAUAUUCGCAUACU